GUAACGCCCUGCACGGCCCGGCCCCGACCCGCGGCCUCCCCUCGCCCUGGGCCGCUCGGGGCGGGAGCGGCGGGCGGCGCCAGGCUGCGAGCAGAGCGGAGCGGAGCCGAGCCGAGCCAAGCCGAGCCCGCGCGGGCAGGGAAGGGCAGGGCGGCCGCACAGCCAGGGAGAUCCCGCGCGGGCCGCCAUCAUGCCAGAUCAGUCAUACUGUGAUCGGCUACGACAGGACAUGUACUUUCUUACAAGCAAUGGCCGACUGAGUGAGCUCCUGGUUGAUAAAAUUAUUCUUCAGUUGAACAGAGUCUACCCCCAAAUUCUCACUAAUAAAGAAGCAGAAAAGUUCAGAAAUCCAAAGACGUUACUUCAUACUCGUUUGUCAGACCUGAUAAAGCACUUGCAAAAUAAAGGAGACAGGCAUUGUCAAGAGUUUUACAGAGCUUUACAGAUCAAUGCUGAGCAGGUGUAUAAUGACUUGCCAAGCAGGAAAAUCAUAAAAACCACAGAUUCCACAGGGAUAGACACUGACAAGGAGCAAUAUAUUCUAAAUGACAGGGGUCCCAUGUUCUUCCUCGCCUGUUUUAGUGUUGCUGCAGGAUUCGCAUUAUUCAUGAAUUGCUGUAACUCAGGUACAAAAGUUGCAGGAGGAGCCCGGAAAAUAUUGGGAUUUUCUCCUAUUAUCAUAGGAAGACAUGUUAGAAAUAUUUGUAUGUUGUACCUGGAAGACACAUCAAGGAACAAAUGAAGAAAAGCUGUUUCUUCAGUCAUCUGUAAAGUAUACCUGCCAAAAGAAAACCUGCAAUGCACAUAUAUAUAUAUACAUAUAUAUAUAUAUAUAUAUAUAUAUACACACACACAUGCACUAUAUUCUUAUACCAAAGAGUUAAUUAACUUACUUUAGCAGUAAAUAUGCUGCCUCAAGGUUCAUUCUAAAGCUUAGCUAUAUAUAUAUAUAUAUAUAUAUAUAUAUUAUAUACACACACACACACAUAUAGGUGUAUAUAUCUCCUUUCUUAAAGGAAUGGACCAUUUAUUUUUGUAAAUGCUUAUUUUAAAAUAUUUAUCAUUUGGAUAAUGUUUUUAAUACAAACCUUGACAUGUUAUCUUAAGUGAUGACUGAUGACAGAACUUAAGCCAUCUUUGUGUACCUUGUGUUUUAUACUGGAGUAGAGAAACAGGACAGUUUAAAGGAUAUAUAAUUCUGUCUUUUUUUAAUAGUUAAUCUAAGGGUGAUACCUAAGCAAGUCAACCCAAAGCCUUAGUAAGAAAUGGACUGGAUCCUUUAUUUCAGGGUUGUCUCUUCUGUCUGUAUUCUUUGUACUGCAUGUGUUCAAAUGGGCAUUAAUCCAUACAGGGCUCACCAGUUGCUGGUUUCUUGCAGUAUUUUCUGACUGCCUUCUCUUAUGCCUCAGCUUAGCCUGCCCAUGUUCAGGUUCUGGACACUGUUCAUCUUUGUUAGCAUGUAUUGAGCUAAUGUAGAUUUCAGCCUAUGGCUGUUUGAUUUUCUUUGCAAUCAGGAUGACAGAACUAGCAAGAAUAUGAAGUAGAUUUUUCAAAUUUGUAUUGUUUUUUCAUUUUAGUUGAAGUUAUGUUCAGUUUUAUGUUGCCAGGAAACUAUAGUAGCCCAAAAUAUUUGGCAGGAACUUUAGAAACAGUCAUCAAAGCUGCACAAUGUGCUUUUGUUUAUGGCCAAAAAGAUGCAUUUUAACUUGCAUUUCAACUUUCUUUAUAAUGUAAUUUGAUCAUACAUUAUGCUUUUCUUCUGUGGGUUUUCUUCUGAGAACCUGCAAAAAGACUUUCCUGUGUUCAUAAACCCAGAUAGCAUUAAGACAUGUAGGAAAUACAGGGACUCAGGACUGGAAAUGAGGUGCUUGGGGAUUUUUAAUUUUGUGGCCCAGCCUUCUACCAUUGAGCUCUCAGGUAGGUCCUUCUCUUUCUCUUCUAAGUGGUUUUUCUCAUUCUGGUUAGAGGUGUUACUGUUCCUGAACCUGGCUACAAAUACUGGCAUCUAUAAUGAAGAUGUUCUCUCAUGAUCUGCUUAUGGGUGAAAAAAAACUGAGAUGCUUGGUAAGGCAUUCUCUUCCUGUCUUUCAUGAGCUACUCUGCGACUAGAGGCUGACUCCUGGGGCAAAAUGGAGCCUCAAUCACAAAUACUGCAGGAACUAUAUAAGAAUAUUAACUGAUACUGCAGACGUUAUGCUGCUAUAACCCAUCAUAUGGACCUGUCAUAUGGGCACUUCACAAACAUAUUGCAAACUGCGAUAUGUUAUACUGGUAUACCCAGUCAUAUGGACACUUACUCUGGAGUGACUUCUUUGUUCAGUUCAUGUUGCAUUGGAAUGGGCUUAAGCUAAGCUGACAAGCAAACAAAAGGCCCACCUCUCUCAUUCUGGACUAGGGGUGACUACUGGGGAGUUGCAACAAUUUAACUACACAGGUAUAAUAACAGUUAGCUGCAUAAUCAAGCCUUUGCAUGUGAAAUCACCAGCUCACAGUGGUUAACAAUUACUAAGAGAACUGCAACUUAGUGCAGAACCUUAGAUCAUCUUCUGGUUCUCCACAUUUAUAGCACAGUUUUUUCCCAAUCCCAUUAUUUUGAUGCUGAAAAAAAAAUCCCUUUGAACAACUAGAAUGCAUGCCAGGGGCUGCAGCAUUAGGGUUUUGACUAGCCAGGUCCCAGAUAGUACCUGUUGGCUACUGCCAUCCUUUUUGGUGAUUCUCUGGUUUACUCUUUGUUCUGUUUCUACAAUUGCUUGUUGCCUUAACAGGCUCACCUACAGCAGUCAUUAGUGUCCUUGAGAAUGAUAACUGUUUUCCAUCUUUGAGUUCAUCGGAUUCUAAGCUAUAAUCACCAAAAUCUAUAAACUAGACCCAGAACAGAGGAGGAGUAGAAAAGCACCCAACCAAACCUAGCAACUUAGGAUAUUAAUUUUGUCACAUACAAUAAUCAACAUUCGCAGGACUUGUGCCCAUAGGUGGAAAGAUGGCCCCAUUAAAGGGGGAGCCUAUACCUAACUUUAAGCUUGCGAAUAUUCCCUUUGCCAUUGUUGGGGAUACUGACAUGUUUAAGUAUGUCAUGGAACUUUAUCUCAGAAAAUCUGUCACUUUUUGCUGGUCUUAGAGCUUUGCAGGAUGGAGAUAAUGGACACAUAUGAAAUGUUGACCUCAGUCUAUGCCUCAUUUGAUCAUAGAAGCAAACAAUCAGACUGAAAAAGUAUUUACCAGCUUCAAAUUACCAUGUACUUUUUACACAAUAAAAAUGAUGUAAUACUCCAAAGAAAAUAACCCACUGUACUCCAAGAUUACUCUGAUCUGUCUAGUUUAUCUGUGUCUCUGAAUGUCUUGUUUCCUUCCAAGAAAGAUUUCACCAGCAGCCAAAGCAUACCUGGAAGGGAAAAGGAGAUUGUAAUUUAGGGCCAAGUAUCUGAAUAACAGACUGCUUUUUUUAUACUAACAACAUACCUGCUGGAGUAUGUGACAGGGUAAGGAAGGGCUGAAAUAGGGCCAAAAGGGGCCGCCAUUCCUUCUCUCAUUACUAAAGUCAAUGGGAGUUUUGCAGUUGCAAUGAAUGGGAGUAGAAGCCAGCCCUGUGAACACUCUUGAGAAUAAUCCUCUCAAAUUUAACAGUACAGCUAGUUGCAGCACUAUAGGCCUUAGUGCUUUGGUUUACCCAAAGUCUCAGGCAGAUUUUGCAGUCCACAAAGAGCUCUGUGCUACCGCAGCUACCCUGAUAGCUGUACCCUGCUAACUAGGGCUAAUUCAUAUGUUUACAGAAGCAAUAGCCACAUCACUGUAACUACAAUGUAAACAUACCCUUACUGGCUUCUGUAGUAUAGCAUUAUUACAGAAUAGAGGUGCUUCUCAGUUAUAGCGAGGUCAAGAUUGGGCCAGGAGAUAUAGUAAACCUAUUUAAUAGAGAUCAGCAUCUCAUAAGAUGGGAACUCAUGAAGAUUCUGUGCAAAUGAAAUAAGAGCAUUGUUCGUCCAGGCCCCACACAGCACUGUAGGUUGGAAUUUUUCCCUUUCUUCUGCCCCAUCAUCUAUCAUUCAUCUUUCACCCUAUUACCCACGGGUAAUCUUAUAGAGGCAACUGUGACAGUGUUUAUAGAGUGCUUCCUGUAGUAUUCAAAACAGGGUAAUCUCAGUCAGCCACCUCUCAUUUUAGUGCAAACACAGAGAUCCUGUUACUUUUAAGCAGCUUCCCUGUGUUUAGAUUCUCCAUCUCUGUGUUCCUGUUAUAACAGACUGUUACUUUUUGUGGGCUCUUGUUGAAAUCCUGCAGGAAUCACCAGUGCAGUAUAUACUUUGAAGAUGAAAUUCUUCUUCACUUAUCCACUGAAGCAUAACUCACCCUGCUGGCACUCCCAUUGAGAUCAAUGGCUCUCCAGGGAGCAAAGCCAACGUAAUGGAAGAUGGCAGAAUGUGGUCCUGCAGGCGCCUUAAGGCAAAUGAUUGUGAUGAUCCUUUGGAACCAUAUAUGACGAGACCAUUCCGUACUUGCUGGGGUUCUGAGCUCUUCCAGCAUGAGGAUGCCUUUGAAGAAUAAAAUGUCAUGUGGAAAAUUAGCACUAGAUUAGUAGGGAGAAAGGCUGGAAUGAGAACUAGAUCAGCUGAGAGCAGGAUUUGGCUGCAAAUCUCCAAAUGAAAGGUAAAAUCUUUCUCAUGAUUCUGUUUACAGGGCAAGCUUGUUUUUGACCCAGUUUGGUUACUUAAAGGACCAUGACAGCACAUAGGAGAAAACAGCUUAUCAGUUCACUGUUGGUAGCUUGCAUUGAUAAGAAAAGCAGAGAGACAGAUUCUAAAAUUGCCUGUGUAUUUAUACACACUCAGUGUAUCAUUUUUUGUACAAUGCGUUGCACAAUUAGAAGUUUUUUUGGCCCCAUCUUCCCUCCUCCCCCUCCUUUCCCCCUGGCUCUUCUCAAGUCUCUUAAUGAGAGUUUGAGAAAAGGAGUAAAAGACUCUUGUAGUUCUCUCAUUUUAGAACAGAAGGAUCCAAGUCUGUAUGUGGUCGUCCCAGGAUGGAUUCCUGAAGGUUGUAAUUCAGGAAGGGAUUCUAGGCUUUUUCACACCUCUUCACACAGUGGGUAUAUAUGGCAAGCCUGUAACAUGUAUAGUUUUCCCCCCCAUGUCCAGUGUCUGUAGGAGGCAGAUAGGUUGGUUCUUUGAAUAUCCUUAAUUGUUUGGUGUUUUUUCCAGCUGAAUGUUACCAUUUAUCAUGAAAUAAAGCUAUGGCUUGGGCUAAGGUGGCAUGGUGACAGAGAGAUUAAGGUAUUUUGUUCUGGCACCAGGGGUUUGAGCCAUGUACUGCAUAGCGGCUGAAGGCUGCCCCUGGUUAACCCAGCUGUGAGUGGGUGCCUGGCUAGGGAGUCCAAGGCAGCUAGAUGUAAUGCUAAACAUAUCACUCCCUUUUGUGCACUUGGCCACAGAAACUGGGUAUACUUUAACUGUGCUUGUGCAGACUUUCUGAUUUUUGAUGUCUUGGAUUACUCUUGUCAUCUGUCCAGAGCCCCACUCCCCACUGCAAGUCCAGAAUAGACCAUUUAUUUAUUGUCCAAACUAUCCUGACAUCUAGGCCUGAUCCCCAAGGGUUGUGUGAGUGGUAGCAGCUAUUUGCAGUUAAGCAUUUGCAGGGUGGAGAUCAUACUUAAUAAGCCAGGCACAGUUAAUACAUGUGUGGAAAUUGCUCCUGUGUGUCUGCUGAUGACUGAACAUAGGUUGGCCAUAUCUUCAGCAUCUCCUCACCCAUUCCAAGAGCUGCUUUACAGAGGAUCUUCUGCCCCUCCCUUACCUGACACCCUAACAUCAGGUUGCCAUGGCAUUGUGGAAUACGAGGUCAUUGGCCAGCAUUACUGUUACAUAGCAUCUCCUCAAAGUCUCUGCUCCCUUGUAUAACAUUGUGGAGGCUUUGCAGAGCCCAUUGGUGCAGCCUGCAGGAGAUCUGUGCAUUGUGCACAGCUUUCCUGCUGCUUGUCUCCACUAAGCUGCUCCUUUUCAGCUGCUUUCAGAGUUGUGCAUGUGCACAGGGAAGGGAGGCAGAUUUUGCCAGUGGAGUAUAGAUAAUCCAAGCCAAAUGAAUUCUGACACUAGCCAGCAAAAAACUCUUCCUUCCUUAGUUCAUUUGUGAUCAGGCCAUUUGAUUUAGAUUAAAACUGAACUGCCUCAAAUCGCCUUAGUCUCACAAUGUCAAACUUCUCAGAGUCAAAGGAAAUGGCCUGUGUUGUAAGUCUGUAAACUGAAGUAAGUAGGCACACUAUAGCAGUCCUGUAUGAUCCUGUAUCAUAGUUAAAUAAUAGGCAAAAUGGACCAUCUGCAUCCACAAGAAAUGAGAAGCAAAAUGGUGGGUCUCACACUGGAUUUGCACAGCUCCAUUUGAAGGAUAACUUUGCACCAUUUGAAGUACUUCAGCAAAGUGCAACCUGUCUGUAAGCAAGAACUGUAUUGAAGUAGAGAUUCACUCAGGGACAUGCUGGGUUGUUUUGGCUGGGCUUUUCUAGGCUUGGAAAUUCAACUCCCAUUACUUUCACCGAGACUUAGCAGCUUUGAAAAUCUCAGUGUUUGUGUCAUGUUUGUAGUAUUAUAUGUACGUAAGACUCCACUUUCUUGGUGUUUCAUUUACAAUAAAAAAAAUUCUAAAGUAUCUUAAGAAUAGCUCUUGCAAUCUUGGAUCUAUUAUCAUUGGUAGGUUGUAUACAUAGUAAUUGUUCUAAAAAAUUCUAGACUUCAUAACUGUUUUCCCACUGCUACUGUUACGUUACAAAAUACAAGCUAUUUGGUAUUCUGCAUGGGUUCAACAGUUAUAGUCAUGUGCCAUUGUGCAUGUUUUCUUACAUAACAUUUGUACUGUAUAACAUGAGCCAAAGAAAAGUUAUCAGGCAGUUCAACAAAGAUGUUAAUUUAAAUUAAAUGUCAAGAAGCUAGACUGAAUCUGGGUACUGGGAGGAAGAUGUUCCUUGUGUGUUAAGCGCUUUAUAUGGAAUUUCAGAAGUGCUGUACUAUGUCUGAUGUUGCCUACUGGUGGCUGUUGCUGACAGGAGCUGUACUGAAGUUGCCCCUGCACAAUUUGAGUGUUUUGUCUCUGACAGCUAAUUAUGACAGAAUUUUUAACUUCAUUAUUUUGAUUUAAAAUAAAUAUACAUUUUUCUUGUUAACCAAUUCAUAAUCAUAAAUUAAACUUGAAAUCCUGGUUCAAA